UUAUAAAUUUUAACAUUCAAGAAAAUCAAAGCAGAGCAGAGCAAAAGCUCCGUCUCCCUUAUAAAAUCAAAUCUCUCACUAUGCCAAAAAUCCUUGCCUCAUGAUCUCCCUCCUCAGAACCAAGCUGCCAUUAUCACCGCAACCCCUCCAGAAAGCGCCAUUCCUUUCACUCAUGGAUUCUUGUGGAUCAAACACAAACAGGCUCAUCACUUUAGCCCAGCAACUCCGCCUCUACAAGCCACCGUCCCCAUCACCAGACGAAAUUGAAGAGCAAACCAUUGAGGAAACUGCUGGGAAAGUUGUCUCCCAGCUGGGUUUUCAGGAAUCUGCAACCCCAAUUCCUAAGGACCCUCAAAGGUUUCGGCCCAAGAGAGCUGCAGUUUUGGUCUGCAUUUUUGAAGGUGAUGCUGGUGAUUUUCGUGUCAUUUUAACUAAGAGGUCGUCGCGAUUAUCUACUCACUCAGGUGAAGUUUCAUUGCCUGGUGGGAAAGCGGAGGAGGGUGACAAGGAUGAUGGUGACACAGCAACAAGAGAGGCAAAGGAAGAAAUUGGGUUGGAUCCUGCACUUGUUGAUAUUGUUACUGUUCUUGAACCAUUUUUGUCCAAGCAUCUCCUGAGAGUAAUUCCUGUUAUAGGCAUACUACGUGAUAAGAAAGAAUUCAAGCCCUCUCCAAAUCCUGGUGAAGUUGAAGCAGUAUUUGAUGCUCCAUUGGAAAUGUUCAUUAAGGAUGAAAAUCGAAGAGUAGAGGAGAGAGAAUGGAUGGGAGAAAAGUAUCUGGUUCAUUUCUUUGACUAUGAAACAGAGAAGAAGAAGUAUUUGAUAUGGGGUUUAACGGCUGGGAUUUUGAUUAGAGCUGCAUCAGUGGUCUACCAGAGGCCACCAGCUUUUGUGGAGCAGAAUCCGAAGUUCAGAUUUCCUAGAGAUGUAAACAGUAAUACUGUGAUGCAUUGAAGAAUUGUGGAAACAUUUGGUGGGUUGUACUCCAAAUGAUCAAGCCGUUGCAAUAAAAUCCACAACCCGCACAUGUCAGGCUAGUUUGAUCUGUUCAAAAUAAUUAUUCAGAAUACUGAAACAGUGAUUGGUAUGCAGCAUAGCACAUAAUACCUUUUUAGGUAAUUGUAAACUGAAGGGACCAAUAAAUUUCAAAUACAAUGGAGUAAGUAGAUCAAGCAUCAUUAACUUCUUGGUGGGGAGUUAGUUAUGUACAUUCAAGAUUCUGAAACUGCUUUAGGAAUAAGGAAAUUUUUUCUCCUGGGAGCUAUUUCAGUAAAAUGUUUGAUGUCCCAUGUAUUUCUUUGGUUAGGAAGCUGUGUCUUCAGUCAGUAGUUAUUUGAACUGUUGUAUUUCAUUUUUUAUUUUUUAUUUCUCCUAAUUGUAUAAGACAUUUGUUGUUUAUAGUAUAUGAAACACUGUUAAUUAUAGAAA